AUGCGGACGGCUAAAGAAACAAAUACUCAAGGCAAGCAUAAAGGGGCAACUGCUUGUAUAUUGAUUUAGUUAUGAAAACAUUUCAACGUCGACAUGAAACGUGAGACAUUAGUAAUUUUUUGGUUGGUGUCCACCUGUUAUACCAUUCCUGGUAUCAGUGGACGUCGCCUGUGUGAAGGUCAUUUUUUACAUGGAAAUUGUGUGAUUCCGAGUAAUGAAACUAUCGGAGAAAAUGAAGUUUUAUUUGUGAAGACGAAAAAGAAUGACAAGGUCCUUGAACGAUACGAGGAUGCAUUUCCACAUUGGGAUGACCUGAAGUUUGGUUUUGCCAUUUCUUCAAUUUUCAUGCUGCAAGCCUUCACUCUUCACGCAAUGGGUCAACCACUUGUUUCCCCCAAUGGGCCCGUUAUGCUUUGGGAUGGCGAUAUAUUUGGUGCACAAAAUUCUCAGCAAUUGACAGACUGGUACACAUUCACUCAUGUUUUGCACGGGUUCCUCCUGUACCACGCGAGUGGUCUGGUUCCUGUGGUCAAUACUUCAGUGAGGUCCAGAUUCCUAUUUGCUUUGGGGGCCGAGGCUGGAUGGGAAAUGUUGGAAAAUUCCCCAUUCAUUAUUGAGCGUUAUCGACAAACAGCGUUGGCUCAAGGUUACAGUGGCGACAGCAUGGUUAACUCCUUGUGUGACACGGUGGCAAUGUCUUUUGGCUUUGUUUUGGCUAGUAAAUUACACCCUUUGACAAUUUUUGGACUUUUUGUUGCGGAGGAAGUGAUAAUGGGUGCAAUUAUUAGGGACAAUUUGUCGCUCAAUGUCAUUCAACUUAUUUAUCCUAUCGACAGUAUACAAAAAUGGCAAACUGGGCUUAGAAAUCCGGAAAUAUCCGUAAUAAAUAGUACCACACUCUUGUGAUGUGUUUUUAUAUGUAAACUAUUAUUAAUCAUCGAGAUGACGAAAAUAAUAAAGCACGUGAUGAUAUUUCAUUGAAUGUACAC